UCUUCAUUAUGGGGUGCAUGAUGACGACGUCACUUCAUCCUUGAUACAAGCUGGAGCAGACGUCAAUGCACGAGAUUCGGAUUGAGUGGCCCCCAUUGCACUAUGCUUGCCAGUCUCGGACGCCAUAUGAAGAGAUCGAUUAUGUAACAAAAAGGACUACGAGAUUGCAAAGGAGCUCUAUGGAUUCAUCGAAACUAUGCUUGAAAAGGGGGCAGACGUCAACGCGCAAGGUAGAGAUGGAGUUGCGCCAAUACACUGUGCCGCAAUCACAGGUUUUGUGGGAGCAGUCGAGUUGCUGAUAGGGGCGGGCGCAGACAUUAACAUUCUUGACGCCCCAGGGGAAACAGCACUUCACUGGGCUGCAUUCUAUGGGCAACAAGCCACACUUGAGUAUCUAUGGAAUAUUGCGGACAGAACACUGCAAGACAGGAAAGGAAGAUCUGCUUUAGACCUAGCAGUGAUUUCGGGAAAGUGGGAGACAGUAACAUGGCUUAUUCACAUCGAUGCUGACGUCAUGGCCAGGGAUCGGGUUAUGAGAUUACCUUUACAUCAAGCUGCUUGGGAUGGGGAACAGAGUGUUGUGGAAUUGAUGUGUAAGAAGAGCCCUGCUGCUGUGAACACGUCAGCUGGAGGCAUUCUAACACCACUGCGUUGCGCGGUUAUGAAUGGGCAAGAAGCACUUGUCCGAUGGCUCAUCCAAGAUGCCAAAGCCGAGAUAGACCUUGAAGUGCCCGGUCUACGAUUAGAGUCGCCAAUAGUUCUGACUAUCAAAAGCCAUGAUGCAGAUAUGGCUAAGAUUCUAAUCGAAAACGGGGCCAGCUUAAGGAGAAUAAGUAGAACUGGAAGAAGUCUGCUACAUGAUUCUUUUCUUUAUAAGAAUCAAGCAAUCGCUGAGCUGCUUUUGGAAGCAGGAGCAGAAGAUUGUUGGGAUGAUCGUGGGCAAAGAGUCAUAGAAUUGGUGGAGGGAGAUGAGGAGAAAGAGAAAUUCAGGAAGCUACUUGAGAAGCACAAUGUACAGUUUAAUGAGCAGGCGGGCUAUCGUUCAGCGCGCAGAGGAGUUGGUCAAGCAGGGAGAGGGUGACCAAGUAUAGUGCAAGUCGUCGCAGCGCGGUUAAUCUGCAAAGACAGUUUGUCACCGUCCUUUGGAUGCGUACCAAGACGGUUUCAACCAGACUUUUGGUUGGCCGCCUCCUAAAUAGCA